AUGCUAGCUACCAGUAACGACAAUGGACCCACCGAUCGUAAUUGCGGGGUAUCUCCAAAACCUAGAACAAGUAUUCCCCAACCAAAUAAUCAAUCACCCACUUACCCCAACAUCCUCCGUCUGGGCAUACCUCCACACCAGACUGUGGUGCUUCACUGUAAGGCGCAGGAUGCGAGAGGAGGCAUGCUGUCACUCAUGGUUGCAAGCUGGAGCAAGAGAUCUGAAAUUUCUGAGAGAAAAUCACUGUAUGGACGACCGCGUGGACAAUGUUCUGUUUGUGAAAGACGUGACGAAGCCAGAAAGGACGGCCAACGGCCGUGGGAGUCUCCGUCUCCAAUAUCCUGGAAUGCUGCAACGUUCACAGCUGAACCUUACCAGGCACCAAGGCUGCAUUAA